GCACAGGGGCCACAGUGUGGGGUGUAUUUGAAGAAGAGACACAGUAAAGUCAGAAGCGGAUUUUUUUUCUGACGUCCGAUCUGCUGCAGCAUUCGUCGAGAGCAUCAUGGCAAACAAACCUCAGCAGCCUCCUCACCUGCACCUGGCCGAGGUCACCGCGUCCCAGUUCCUCGACAUUUGGAAACAUUUCGACGCAGAUGGUAAUGGCUACAUUGAGGGGAAGGAGCUGGAGAACUUCUUCAGGGAGUUGGAGACGGCCCGGAGAGGAGCAGGAGUGGACCCUUCAAACCCAACAUUCAGAGAAAACAUGAAGGAGUUCAUGCAGAAGUUUGACAAGAACAAAGAUGGACGAAUUGAGAUGUCAGAGCUGGCCCAGAUUCUCCCCACCGAAGAGAACUUCUUGCUCUGCUUCAGACAGUUUGUCAGCUCCAGUGCUGAGUUUAUGGCGGCAUGGAGGCGAUAUGACACAGAUCGCAGUGGAUACAUUGAUACAAAUGAACUGAAGGGCUUUCUGUCAGACCUGCUUCAGAAGACUAACAGACACUACGAUGACCAGAAGCUCCACGAGUACGCAAAGACCAUACUCAAGAUGUUUGAUCUGAAUGGAGAUGGAAAGUUGGGCCUGUCAGAGAUGGCAAGGCUUCUUCCUGUUCAGGAGAAUUUCUUACUCAUAUUCCAGGGUGUCAAGUUGAACGCUGAGCAGUUCAAUGCCAUCUUCACAUUCUAUGACAAGGAUGGCAACGGCUACAUUGAUGAGCACGAGUUGGACGCGCUGCUACGAGACCUUUACCAGAAAAACAAGAUGGAGGUGGACUUGAAGAACCUGACAGGCUACAAGCAGAGCAUCAUGAACCUGUCUGACGGGGGGAAGCUGUACCGUGGCGAGCUUGAAAUUGUGCUCUGCAGGGAGCCAAUUGUGUGAAUCUUCCUCCCCUCUUGUUAUAUAUUAUAAUUUCCUCUGCCUGCCCUGCUUUGCCCUCCUGAGAUCACACCCACUUCCAGCUGCCUGGCGACAUAUACCAGGUGCAUGAGCCAGACACCCCCUGCCCCCUAUCAUUUCCCAGACCCUUGUUAAAGUUACAACUCCAAGAAUGAAUGAUAAGUGCACCGACAGCACGUAACAGCUCUUUGUCCUUGAACCCUUGUUUUCUGCAAACCCCUAAACCUGACCUGUUUGAAUCCCCUGGCUUUUCAUCUUCAUAACUCUUCCCCAUGUCUUCAAGCGUUUCUGACCUCAUCCCUAUCCAUGCCGCCCAUGCUGUGCCUGACUUGUAUAUCCUGGAAAGCCCAAACCCAUUAUUCCACAUAAAAAAACAUCUGACCUAUUUGUAAACCCUGAACCUUAACCCAGCCUCAUUAACCCCUUCAUUCCUUUGCUCUAUCAACUUUGCAUUACCUACAAUAUAUAUAGUCAAAGAAAACUGCAGACAACUGUGUUUGAAUUUAUCUCAUUUAUAUUCUGUGAUGAAACUGUUACAGAUUUUUUUCACCUCUGUUUGACCUGGACCUCUCCUUUUCCAUUUCCAUUAUGAGAUUUUCAUUUCUAAUAUUUGUUUUUGGCUGAUACUGUCAAUUGAAAAUAUUAAUAAAAUGUCUUAAGAUAAAA